AUGGAGAUCCGCGAAAAAGAGAACAUUGCUGGUAUUACACUCCAGUGUAACCAGUGCACCCGCCGGUAUUCGACCCAAAGUGCACUUCUGCGACACAAAAAGAGCCAUGACCGAAAUGCUUGGUACUCCUGUGAGGUUUGCCAUCUAAAGUUCUCGCGAAAGGAUAUUUUGCAACGACAUAAACAAGUGCAUGGUAAUACCGAAAAGCUCUCGGAGCGCAAACGCGCAAUCCACGCCUGUGAUGAGUGUCGCAAGAAUAAAAUUCGCUGCAACAGUGAUUACCCAUGUCAAAGCUGCAUAAAAUCCGGGAAACAAUGUACUUAUCUGACCCAGGUGUCACGGCCAAGCAUUCAGGGCUUCCGGGGAAGACGCAAAAACGUUACGCAUGAGGCAAGACUUCCAUCAGAAAGCAUAGAUGCGGAUUCACCCCAAAAUCAGCAACCUAGCCGCAGUCAAUCAGAUGCGUCGAAUAUUUUUCUUCCAAUAGUGCCACACGGGGAUACAUUCACCUCACUGUCAAGCUCCAAUCAGUUGCUACUGACAGAUAUUGAUUUACUAUUAUCUCAGUCACAAACAAACCGCAGUUUGACAGCGAGACAUGCUGUAAAUUUUCCCGCGGUGUCUGAACUUGUCCCCUCGUGUACGACUCGGUCUAGCUUCAACGGCCCAUUGCAUUUAACAGACAGCAUCGGAUAUCCUAGCUUGAAGCAAACCGAUCCCUCAACUUUUUCAGUUCUUCAAACCUUAGGUCCAGCAAACAACUGGUUUCAAGAACUAGCACUACCUAUGGCGAUAUCGCACAAUGUCGUUCGCGAUAUGGUCCAACAAGCUGCCGCCGACUUCGUGGAACUUGAAAUAAAAGAUGCCGUAUGGCGCAGUCGUAAACGGCGUUCCUUUUCUCACGUGAUACUAGACAAUUUCAACCUUUCUGCAUGGAUGAAAGGGAAAAAGACACACUUAUUACACACUUUUGUUACUUCUUUCUUCGAUAACUUUUCACCAUUAUGGCCAAUAUCAUGGCGACAGGGGUUUGACCAUGAUGCGGUUGAGCCUCUGCUUUAUUUAACAAUGACUGCAAUUGGAGCUAUGUAUGCUGGAUGCCCCAGUGCAGCAUCGUACGGCCUUAUUUUACAUCAGGAGCUAUGCGCAGUUCUUCCUGAUUGCUGUCUUUUGUGUGCGGAUAUCGAAACAAAACUGGAGGCUAUUUUUGAAGCUCUCUUACUCAGUGAAAUCAUGUCUCUUUAUCGAGGAGACUCACAAGCUUCCACUUAUGUGAAGCACGCUAGUGCCAUUCUUGUCGCCCAUGCACGCAGGAUUGGUGUUUUUCUCGAACUUCCUGCUCAACAAUUCAAAGAUUCAACUUUGGAGAUCUGCCAUGACCAGACGGAAAAGAAACUUCAACAAUGGAUCCGUAUGGAACGAAGAAGAAGAAUGGCAUUUGGCUUCUUGCGUUGUGAAGUAUUCUCCAGUAUAAUUUUCAACACACGACCUAUUAUUGCAGCGGAGGACCUGCGUCUUAGAGCUCCAUGCGAUCAUGGUGUAUGGAUGUAUGUAGGACCAGAAUGGAGGGAUAAACUUCUCUCGGUCGUUGAAAAGGUUGUUUGUUAUCCGCUUUACUCUGAUCUGAUGUGCACCAUUACAAAAUGGGACCGAAGCCAGAUUCCUCUUCUUGAUCCUUAUACACACGAGCUCGUUCUAUAUGGACUUCAAAUAUCUCUUCUUACCUCAUGCCACAAUAGCUCUAAAUUAUUCUCAAACUUUCAGAACUCUGACCAGCUAUCAACUAACGACCCUUCCGUUGUUAUCACGGACUGGCAAACACCCAUUGAGGAUCUGACUUUAUCGAAGAUUCUGCGUCACAUUGAUGAAUGGAAAACUGUACAGGACAAAUUCCAGGCAGCUGGUCACAACGGCACUGAUAAAUUACGAAACCCCUCGGCACAGCUAUUAUAUCAUAUGGGCUACAUCAGAAGCAACGCGGAUCUUGUAGUGCUUCAGGAAAUCUUGUCUUAUGACAAUAACUCACCCUUGAGAACGGAGUCUCAAGAACGAGCAUUCAGAAAAGUCUGUUGGUGGGCUACCACGGAUGCAGCCAAAGUUGCCUUACUACAUGCAUGUCACGUCUGGGCGGUGGCUGAAAAAUACCUCAUGAUGCAAAGUCACCUGGCCAAUUCCAGCUUGAGGUACGAUCAGGGUAUUGAUAUUUUUUCAGUCAUAUCGCUUUGUUAUGCGGCUAUCGUCAUCUGGGUUAUGGCAGAGUUAUGUCCCAAUAUUGAUAUCCAGGUCGGACAUCCGGACAACAAUGAUGCCGACUUUCUUGUAGUAAAUUCUGGAAAUAUUCGCCAAGGUAUUGAAAAAAUUAGUGACGUUGUCACAAGGGCAAGUCCUCCGUCGUGGCAAACAGCGUCUUUCCUCGUUAUGAGCACGAAAGCAUUGACUCAUAAAGCACUGUAUUUAUUUUAG